GUUCGACACAUUCCUCUUCAUAUGCCGCGUCCAGGGAGGCCACACGAGCCGCAAAAAAUCGGUGAAUUCCCUUUGACUCGUCAUCCUCCUUCAUCCCAUUCAUUGCGCUUGCUGUUGGCCUUGUCAAGCGUUAUCCCAUUCACCUCACUAUUGACCUCCCUUUGCAGUUCAAAGGCACAGGCAGUGCUGGCGCCGUCGAAGCUCCCUACCUACGCAGACGUCACACUUCACCACCUUCGUUUGGCACGUCUGCGACCCACUGCUGGCGCUUGGCCGUGUUCCAUCACACCCUCUUCCGCCCUGAACAUCUUCCUUCCCUCGCUUUGUCCACUUUCUUUGUCAUGAGUCUGCACCCGCGCAGCUACUCCUGGAAACAGAACUUUUCGCGCGACGGCUUCAAACCACUUCCCAACCAAGGCGACCCGGACGGCAGCAUGCCUACACACGACGCCACCAUCGAUAUCCCCCUCGAGCAGGUCACCUCCUACGCCUCGGGCUAUCGGAGUCAAUUGAAGCAGACAGACACAAAUUCUUCCGAUGCACGGAAACGCUGGCGUCCUCGAGGUCGCCGGCAAAAGCCGGAUUCGUUUGGCAGACAGAAGUUGGGCGAUGAUGGGGAAGAGAUCACGGUCAACACCAUGGGCAAAAUCUACAAAAAGAUCCUCAACUUCUCCACACUGACGAGGUAUUUCUUCUAUGUCCUACCACUGGCUUCGAUCAUCGCCAUACCAAUCAUCAUCUACGCCGUCAACAACAGCAAGGCUCAGAUCGGAGGCGUUCGCGUCUACUGGUUUUUCACCUGGAUCGAAAUCGUCUGGUUAUCACUAUGGAUUUCCAAGACCUUCGCCCACUACUUGCCUCCAAUAUUCCGCGUGAUGGCUGGCGUGGUGAGCUCUGGUGUCCGCAAAUAUUCCGAGGUCAUCAAAUCCCUGGAGAUUCCGUUGUCGUUGGUUGGCUGGGCGCUUGCUUCACUCGCAACAUUCAAGCCAAUCAUGACCGGCAACCCAGCAUUCUACCCAGACUGCCAGGUAAGAGAGAAGGUUGACAAUCCAACCAAUUGCAUUCCCGAUGAGAGUUGGAUCAACACUACGCAAACCGUUCUGGGUGCUGCCCUUAUCGGAUCCAUCAUCUUCGCGGUGGAGAAGCUCAUUAUCCAACUCAUCUCCGUCAACUACCAUCGCAAGCAGUUCAAUGCUCGCAUCAAAGAGUCCAAGCGCAACCUGUCAAUGCUUGGACUACUCUACGAUGCUUCCAGAGAACUCUUUCCGAUGUACUGCAGCGAAUUUGCAGAAGAAGACUACACCAUUGCCGAUCAGCUCGAUCUGUCGCGCGCCAGUCGCAGCAAGAGACUCAGCAAGCACUUCCGGUCGGGUUCGCAAACACCACUUCGCUUCGUUCAAGAUAUUGGACAUGCUGCAGACAAGAUCACUUCCAUGUUUGGGCAUAUGGCGUCGGAGGUAACGGGCAAACAAGUCUUCAACCCCAACAGUGCACACUCAAUUGUGGUGGAGGCCUUGGAGAAGAACCGCACUGCCGAAGCUCUGGCAAAACGCAUUUGGAUGUCACUUGUGGUCGAAGGCAGGGAAUCGCUUUCCCUCGAGGAUGUCAUCGACGUGCUGGGUCCGGAGCGCCGGGAGCAAGCGGAGGAAGCGUUUUGGACUUUUGACCAGGACGGCAACGGUGAUGUGUCCCUGGACGAGUUCAUCCUGACCGUCACCCAAUUCGGCCGAGACCGCAAAUCCAUCUCCAGCAGUUUGCAUGAUGUCGAUCAGGCCAUUCACGUGCUCGACCAACUGCUCGUCGUCGUGGCCUUCGCAGCCAUCAUCCUGGUCUUUGUGGCUUUGUUGAACAAGAACUUCCAGACCACACUUGCAACGCUGGGCACUGCACUAAUCUCGUUGUCGUUCGCCUUCUCCACCAGCGCUCAAGAAGUGCUUGGCUGCUGCAUCUUCGUGUUCGUCAAGCAUCCCUACGACAUUGGCGACCGAGUGGAUAUUGGCACUGCCGGCUGCUUGAAUCAACAGCAACUUUGUGUCGAACAUAUCAGCCUGAUGUUCACGGUCUUCCGUCAUGUGCAAGGUAAUGGGGUGGGCCGACUUUCGCAGAUCCCCAACAUCCUUCUGAACACGCUCUGGAUCGAGAACGUGUCGCGCAGCAAGGCUAUGACGGAACAGUUGUCGAUCGACAUCGCCUUUGAGACUUCGUUCGAUGAUUUGCAGACGCUCAAGAACGAGCUAGUCGGGUUCGUGACAGACAAGGACAACUCGCGAGACUAUCAACCGACGAUCGAUCUGGAUGUGCUGGGCACGAGUGACCAGUCGAAGAUGUCGUUGAUGGUGGAGGUGAAGCACAAGAGCAAUUGGUCAAACGAGUCGGUCCGACGCACGCGACGCACCAAGUUCAUGUGUGCCCUUAUCUCCGCGCUCAAGACCGUGCCGAUUUACCCACCGGGAGGAGCAACGGAUGCUGUGGGAAGCGCGGCCUUGCCUUCCUACAGCGUCACUCUUGCGCAUGACGAAGUCCAGAGGCAUGCGGAGGAGGCGGCAGCAGCGAGAGAAAGGGCGCGUCUGAUCCCUACCAAGAAAAUUGAGGAGUCCCACGAGCACCUGAGCUCGCUCGACACCGACACCACGAUGAACGCCGGCAUGACGAAGCAAGACGAGAAGGUCGUCAGCAAGUUACACACCAGCGAUCCCGCCGUGGACCCGGUGCGCGACGAGAUGUGGGCGCGCGACGAUGGCGGCAGCACGCUCGGCGAACGGCCGAGCAUCGAACGGUCCGAUCUGGAUGAAGUGCGUGGGAUGCUUCGGCGGGAGAGCACGCGCGGCAAACGGAAACCGAGCCAGGAACAUCAUCCGUCGUUGCCGCCAAUCCCGACCAUCAACGAGCCGGGGAUGGCACUCUACGGUCCGGACUCGGUCCUUCCCCCUCCCCCGGCACAAGCACACGCAGCGGAGAACCAGCGGCCAAGCUACUCCACGAUGCCGUAUCAAUAUCGCCCGCGUGCGGCAUCGCGACCGGGACAAUACCAACCCGGGCCGCACGCCGAGACGAUCCCGGAGGAAAUGAGCGAGGUGCCGUCGAACACGUACCGCGUGGCGACGAACAACUCGCAAGCGCUUGAGUCGGACGACGCGGAUGACAAGAAUGACACAUGGGGCAACUCGCGCCCAUAUUCGGGCGUGUGAGAGCCACGACUAAAAGGGCUCACACGUAGCCCAGGACUAAUGUAGAGUGAUUAUAGAUGAAUAGAGGAUUAAUGACAAUCCAUGUGUAUUGAGAG